CUCUGCUGGUAACAGUCUCGGCUCUCCGUGAUCACAACACUGUCUGUGUUCCAAGAUGGCGUCGUCGUCAUCGUUGCGUGUUUACAGUAGAAUUCUCAAAGAACUGCGCUCCAUGCAGGGACAGCAUUACAAGCAGUCCCUGGCGUGCACUUAUGUCAAGGAACAGUUUCGUAAAAAUAAGGUGACAGGAGAGAGGUACUGCCGCGCCCAGCAGGAGGCGCUGCACGCCUCGCAAACCUACCUGUGUCUGCUGGCGUCCACCAGGAACCACCGGGCCCUGCACGACCUUUACCACGCCAAGGGAGAGCGCAGCACCCGGGAGGCGGCCGGCCUGGUGGGGCUCAGGUUGCCCACUCAGCCCGGAGGCAAAGGCUGGGAGAAGUGAGCCACGGCGAGGGGGGGAAAAAGGGACAACAAAGCAAUGGACUGGACCUGCUAAGCUGCGGGAAGAAAUACAGUAUGUUCAACUGUUCCACUUCUCUAUUAAACUAUGAAUAAUGUUCUCUUUUCAUUAU